GCCUCUAAUUUCCGGAAUUAGUUGGCGAUUAAUUAAAGGUUAAUAAUAUAGCUAAUUAAUCUCCAGUCUCCACACGUGCAUACCACGACCAUGUCCACGUGUUCCCAUGCAUGAAAACAACCGCCACAUAUACACGCGCGCGUCUAAAUCACCCACCCACCACCUUGAUCAACUCCGCGCGCCAACUCACUAAAAAAUAUGCCCGAUCGGAAAAUUUUAUCGAGUAGCCAAUCCGCCGCAUCGGCGGCGGCAGCGCUGACAGUCAGCUCCUCCAUGCAAAAAUUGAAAGAACACGCACCAAAACCAACACAGAGCAUCGGUUUCGCCGCCGUGCUUACAAUCUCCGCCUGCGUCGGCGCCAUUAUGUUCCUUCUUAUCGCCGCCGCUGUUCUCGGCCCGAUUUUCUUGCCGCUGUUGAUUCUCAUCUCCAACCACAUAUGGAUCCCUCUCGGCGUUCUCGUCCUCAUCGCCGCCACCGGUUUUCUAUCGUUUCUCGGUUUCGCCGUCGCUACUGCGGCGGCAUUGUCCUGGCUCUACAGGUACAUCAGGGGUUUUCUGUGCGCGCCUGAUUUGGACCGGUUUGAUUACGCAGCUACCCGAUCUGGACCGGUUUGAUUUGGAUCGGUUUAAUUACGAAGGACUAUGCUCGAGUCGGCUGAAAAGGCGGGUUCAUAUCUCCAAGUAUUUUACCUAAUUUUCUAUUUUGUUUAACUUCGAAGCAAUUAAUGUUUCAAAAUAUGUAAUUUUUUUACUUUUAUUCUAUUAAAGUUGGAUAUGUUAUUAUUAUU